CGUAGUUACGACACUCGCCCACUUUUCAAGAUGGAGAAGUUACCGAGAUAGGUGAUGCGGAGAAUUUCAGGUGCAAAUGUUUGGCCAAGCUUCGCUCCUUCUUAUAAAAGGAAAUGAUUACUCUCGCAAAGAAAAUUAAGGAAGAGCGGGAUAAGAAGGAAAAGGGCGAUCACGUUACAGGAAACACGAAAAGCGGGAGAACAUCUAUACGUGACAAAUUGCUAACCAAAGAAGUGACAGAACUCGAGGAAAAUGUACCGGAAUCCUGUCAAGUUGACUUUAAGGAUCCAAACAUUCUUCAUGAGUUCACUCUGACUGUAACACCAGGAGAGGGUUAUUGGAAGGAUGGAAUUUUUAUAUUUCAUAUUAUGAUACCAGAAGAGUAUAAUAUAAAGCCACCUAAUGUUUGGUGUGAAACAAAAAUCUGGCAUCCAAACAUUAGUGAGAAUGGGGAAGUCUGUUUGAGCUUGUUGAGGGAACACACUCUUGAUGGGUCUGGAUGGGCACCAACAAGAAAAUUAAAGGAUAUAGUGUGGGGCCUGAAUUCUUUGUUUACAGACUUGCUGAAUUUUGAUGACCCACUUAAUGUAGAGGCUUCAGAAUUAUAUUUUAAGAACAAGGAAUCAUUUCGAAGACGAGUUGAAGACUAUAUCAGACUGUAUGCAUCCCCCAGAAGAUAACAUACAACACAGCCAGCAGCAUGGAAUCACCAGCUCCUGGCCGGUGUCCUUGGUCUCUCAAAUAAAUUAUUUAUCAGUAGCAAUAAUUGUAAUAGAUCAUAGAUUGAUUUUGUAAGUACUGUAUGAGUAUGAUUAAGCCAAAGUUUAUUCUGCAUGAAGUUUAGCUCCCAGAAGAGUGAAUCUACAAUUUACUUCACGUAUCUAGUGAGCUGUGUAAUGUUUAGUUAAUUGUAAUCUAUGGAUCACCAGUUGAUAGGUGUCCUUUUUCUUUCACUCUCUCAUCUUUAUUUAUUCCUUCUUUUCUUAAAUCUGUGACUUUUCUCAGAUGUUUGUCUGUCUGUCUGUCAGUAUUUUUGUCUAUCUGUCUAUCAGUCUGUUGAGGUCUGUCUGGCCAUUCAAUUCUCUUUUUAUCUGUCCAUUCAUCUGACUAUCUGCCCUUCCAUCUGUCUAUCUAUCUAUCUGUCUUUUCUGCCUUUCUGGCCAUUGGUCUGUUUGACUGUCUGUCUUUGGGUGCGUCUGUCUAAUUUGUCUUUCUGUCCACUUAUCAAUUUUGGGCUCUUUGAAAUCAAAAUACAAGAUCAAGGCCAUUUUUUAUAUGCUUUUCUCAAAAGCUUUCAUGUCAAAAAAAAUAU